AUGGAUCUGAAGAUGUUCCUUGUCUUUGCUGUGUUUCUGCUGCACACUACCCUGAGCUUCCCCAUUCAGGACAGCUAUGAAAACAGCACAGCAACAACAGAAGCUACUGAGGUAACUACACAAGAGGAUGCAUAUGAAUCUCCAUCUACUACAGAGUCUGACUUGGAGGAUGAAGUUAUUUUCAACAGGAUUCUGGAGGUUAACAAAGACAGCUCUAGGUACUUGUUAGAAGGUGACAUAGUUCCACAAAGGGUACGGAGUGCCUUCAGCUGUCGCCAAUGCAACUGGCCCAAGUCCAGCGAUGGGAUUGUUCGUAUCCCCUAUGUCCUGGAUCCCACCUACGAGGAGAGCCACAUCAAAGGGAUCCAGGAUGCCAUGGCAGAAUUUGAAGCACUGACUUGCAUAAGUUUUGUGAAGCGCAACGAAGAGCGUGACUACCUCAACAUUCAAUCUGCUGAUGGCUGCUGGUCCAACUAUGGGAAAGUAGGAGGUGGACAGAUUGUGUCUGUGAUGAAAGGAGGGUGCACGUGGAAGGGAGUGAUUCAGCAUGAACUAGAGCAUGCUCUGGGCUUUUUGCAUGAACAUUCUCGAAGCGACAGGGAUGACUACGUGAGGAUCAUGUGGGAUUACAUCAGUCCACAAGACAGACCAGACUUCAAGAAAUUUGAAAACUCCAAAAACCUGGAUCUUCCAUAUGACUAUUCCUCAGUAAUGCACUAUGGCCCAUAUACAUUCUCUAAUACCACUGGAAAAGCAACUAUUGUCCCAAUUCCUGACCAAUCAGUCCACAUUGGACAAAGGCAGGGACUGAGCAACUUGGAUGUGGCUAAAAUCAACAAACUUUACAACUGCCGUCGCUGCAGCACUAUUCUCGAUGCAGCAUCUGGUUCACUAAGGUCUGCCAACCACCCAAGUAAUUACUCAGAUAAUACCAACUGUGUCUGGCUCCUCCGAACCCGAUCCAAAAAGAUUUCUCUGCAAUUUCAGGCCUUUGAUCUGCAGAAAACCAAAGACUGUCAGGGUGAUUAUGUUAAAGUUUAUGAUGGAUCUAGCAAGUCUUCUCCAGUUCUCAUGGACAAGACCUGUGGCUCAAAGACACCCAAGGAGCUAGUUGCUUCAGGCAAUCUCAUGCUUGUAGAGUUCGUCACAGAUGGUGCUAAAACAGCUUCUGGUUUCCAAGCCACCUUUACUUCUGUGAGGAUCCAAAGGAAACCCAGCAGCCGCAACUGA